GUUAUCCCUUGUGAGUAGAAUAGUGCAUUAAGAUUGUGAAGUGAAGGGGAAAUCCGAUUCCCCAACGAGCCCACGAGGAGUCAAGCGACCACGACGACAAGGCUGAAAUUCUGAAAUUCCUCAGAUGUUCUCACUUUUCCCUCACUCCUCACACUUCCCUCCUUGACUUUGUGUCAAGCAAUCCCGAGUGAAAGAGGGAGGGAAAUUGAAUCCAGGAUUAGCAUAAGUGCAAGCUCACUUCCCGAGUCCGGCUAACUCUCAACUGAGGAGGCUGAACAACAUGAAAGCUUGCGAAACAGUUCAAUAAAUAACAAGUUAUCACCAUGUUGGACAAGAAUGGCUUUCCUCUCCAGUUCCCGGCCUCGGCCUUUGCCGCAUUUCCCGGCCUUGCCCCGGGCAUGCCGGGCGAUCCACGGGCCCAUGUUUGGCAACAUCCAAUGACAGCGACCACCACUCAGCCAAACAACACGUCACAGUCCAAUGGCAACCAAGGGUUUGCUCCGCCAAUAAACUCAAUUGAGUCCAGCGCCAUGCUUGGAUUGCCACCCAAUGCACAUUCUAUUAGUCCGAAUUACUUGAACGCCCUUCACCACUCGCCUACGGCUUCUCUCCGAUUAUCCGCAGCCGCAGCAGUUUCUGGUCACCAAGAGUAUCUCAAUGCGGCAGCUCAGAGACUGGGAGAACUUCAGGCAUCCGCCGGAUUGGUUGACCCUCUACAUUUUGAUGCCUCGAGAUUUGCUGCUGCUAGCCGUGUGACGCGUAAAAGGGCAUUAUCAGCCUCUCCAUAUUCUGAAAUGGAUUUGGCUAAUUUGAUUCGCAACUCACCCCUGAACGGCAGUGCUUCCUCAAGUGGUUCUUACGGUCAUCUUUCACCCGGGACGAUGAGUCCUGCAUUGGGCUUUCAUGCGGCUAAUGCUCAUCUUCAGCAAUUGCAAGCUCAUCUAUUACGAAGUGCUAGCUCACCGUAUCUUCCCACGAGCUCGUUCCUCCACUCAUCUGCGGCCGCCCUACAUUCUCCCUACUUUCCUUUGUUCACCUCAGCCUCUUCGGUUCCCACGACCACAACCACAACCUCAUCUCCUUCCAAUGCUCUGGCCAAUCCAAAGAUGACCCCGGAACACUCGUCCAACGUGGUCUCAAGUACCAUGGAGGAUGACGAUAGUAGUGAUACUUCACCUCGAGAGCGAAUAAAAGGGUCCAAAACUAGUUCCUUGCGGGUUCCUCCAAGUAACGCAAGUACGGGUGACAAAGACGAUGUGAAAGAAGAGCCAGAUUUCGUAGAGACUCAUUGUCACUGGAGGGGUUGUGAUCAAGAAUUUGGGACUCAGGAUGACUUGGUCAAACAUCUGAACAACGAUCAUAUCGGGACAAACAAGAAAUUAUUCAUCUGCCAAUGGCAAACUUGCUCAAGAGCCGAGAAACCAUUCAAGGCUCAAUACAUGCUGGUAGUUCAUAUGCGAAGACACACGGGCGAGAAACCUCAUCGAUGCACGUUUGAAUCCUGCUCAAAAGCCUAUUCGCGUUUGGAGAACUUGAAGACUCAUCUCCGAUCUCACACGGGAGAAAAACCAUACGUCUGUGAAUUUCCCGGUUGUGCCAAGGCCUUCUCCAAUGCUUCUGAUCGUGCCAAGCAUCAGAAUCGAACCCAUUCCAAUGAGAAACCUUAUGCUUGCAAGGCGCUCGGCUGCACCAAGCGCUACACGGAUCCCUCGUCAUUGCGAAAACACGUCAAAACUGUCCAUGGUGCGGAUUUCUAUGCUUCCAAGCGCCACAAAGGAGAGAGCCAUGAGGACGGAUCAAGCCACAAUCCUGAUGGUGACAGCUCUGGAAAAUCCAGAGCCAAACAUUCCAAUCAAGCUACUGGACAAUCGGGAAUUAAACUCGAGAACUCUCCCCUCUCGUUAUCGCCUGCGGAUGUACGCUUGCCAAACUCGAAUCCAAUCUCUCAUGAUUAACCUCCAGCCAACAGUGAUAUCGGUCUUCCCAUCAGUGAUAAUAACGUUAGCACCACGGCCAAUGACAUCAUGUCGGAGUCAACCAACGAUUGGGACAUCAAAGAAACGGAUGACAUCAAUAUGGCGGUGGCUGCCGCCAUUGGGGUCGGAAAUGGAGAUUUGAACGACGUCGGAAGGACCAGUGGCUACGAUGAUCGUCUCGUUAAUCGAAUCAAUGCCAAGGCCAAGGCCAGCAAAAGGGUCAACGGGUCGACGGCAGUCU